AUGGCGUCGGUGGCCCCCAAGGGCGCACCCAGCACGCAGCGGCUCCGGCGUGAGCAGACGCAGCCUGUAGCAUUUGAGCUUGAUGUUCCUCCAGAGGACAUCAUUGCAGACCUCAUCAUUGCAAACCAUCUGCUCUUUGCCAUUUCGGGGGAGUACACUGGAUUUCUUGCCACAGAGGCCACUUCAAACAGUGGGGGUAAAGUUGUGAUGAUUUCGUCCUAG